AAGAAAUUUCUGCACUCGGUUAGCGAACUGAGUACAUAUCACCAAGGAUAAGGAUUCAGAGCCGGCGGCUGGCAAGAAAGAGAAUGCGGAAAAACCUAGUCCACCGGCAGUAGGACCAAAGCUGCACCUGAUGUUUGGAGUUCGGUAGCUUCGGAAAUUCUAACUCUAGCAGCUCCUGAAGAAAAACAAGCUGCAAGAGAAAAUGGAGAAACAGCUUCCUCCGCGGAAGAUGCAGAGGCAUUCAACCCGGCGGAUGCAAGUUUGCUAAUGAAGGAUGUUCGCUAAGAUCUAGUAGAAUCAAAGCUGGAUCUGAAGGUGCAUCGGAAGGAUUCUUCUUCGUCGGUUGGUUGGUUAAAACUUUCGAAGCUUUGCACAUGAAGCCGGAAUUACUUCAGGGAGUCUAUGCGAUGGGUUUCAACGCCCCUUCCAAGAUUCAGGAGAUGGCUCUACCUACUCUGUUGGCCGGUCCGCCAGGGAAUAUAAUCGCCCAGUCAGUCGGGAACAGGAAAAACCGCUGCCUUCGUGCUGGCAACGCUCAGUUGAGUCCAUCAGUUAAAAAACUAUGUGCAGGUGAUUUGCCUUUCCCCCACGUAUGAGCUGGCAAUUCAGAAGGGGGAAGUAGCUGCCAAAAUGGCAAAGUUUUGUCCUGAAAUCAAACUUCCUUACGCCGUUCGCGGUGAGGAGACCGUCAAAGGGGCGAAGCUGACUAAUCAUAUCAUCAUCGGAACACUCGGCAAGCUAAUGGACUGGGGUAUAAAGUUCAGGACGUACGACCUAGUUUUCCCUUUUUGUACUGGACGAGGCGGGUGUUAUGGUCGGUGUUCUUCUUGGCCACGUACGAGCGCGAGGUGAUAGUUUGCCGAGUACAUCCUACCCAAUCCGAUCGUCAUUUGGCAGGCGCGGGAGCAAGAAUCUCUCGAUAACAUCAAACAGUACUACGUCAAGUUCCGCAACCAGGACGAGAAAUUGUGUGAUUACCGUCGGACAAGCGAUCAUUUUCUGUCAUAUGAUGUAUAGGACAGUUGCAAACUCCAAGUAAACUUAUUUUCAGAACUGUUAAUCCAUCGAAACAGGUACGCAAAACGGCCGGUUGGUUGACCGGCAGGAUGUCCCAGGAUGGUCACUCGGUAGCGGUACUGUCCGGUGAUCUAACGGUGGAGCAACGGUUGGACGCCCUUGAUCGAUUCCGAACCAGACUAGAGAAGGUACAGAUUAUAACGAACGUUUUGUCCAGGGGUAUCGACGUCGAACAGGUGACCAUUGUCGUCAACUUCGACUUGCCGAUGGAUCAGCAGGGACGAGCCGAUUGCGAAACGUAUCUACAUCGAAUUAGACGCACCGGUAGAUUCGAACGGAAUCACCAUCAACCUAGUGGGCAGUGAUCGAUGCAUGAUGAUUUGCAGAUCAAUUGAAAAACACUUCCGGAAAAAGAUUCAGUUGCACCGUAAAGUGUUUUCGACCAGCUACUAGUGAAAGGCGUAGGAGCUUUUUUGGGUGUUUUGAUUCUGAAUUUAUAAUUUUAUUAUUUUUUUUUUUUAAUUUUUUUUUUCUUCCUUGACCUGACAUAAGGUAUACAAAUGUAACUAACAGGGUAUCGUAAGCUAAUAAAUUUACAAUUACAAUUACAAUUUAGCUCUACCCAGUUCUAUCCAAACAUUUGAAAAGGGCCUAACUGCAAAAUGUAACAAAUGGAAAUUUCAUGUUUUCCAUUAACAAAUAUCUACCCGAGCACGUACAUAACGCAACAUUUGAUUAUGAAGAAUUUUGAUAGCGAUUUUUCAACAAUUUAUAAAAGGGCAUUUGUUAGAAAUAGGAUGUAAUUCAAGGAUUGUAUAGCGCAUGUUUAAUGGUUAUAACUUUCAGUUAAAUGGACUUUUAAGAACCCGACUUUGUUUUUUAUUUUAUUUUGUCGUUGAACGGCCAGUAGAGAAAGCGGUGGAAAAAUUAUCCGAAAGACUAACCUUGAAGCAGAAGAUAAAAAAUAUUUUGCUCAUUAUCCUGUGAAUCAAAAUUCCAAGAAGACAAAACAUAGCUAUAAAACACAAUAAGAUAUCUUAACUGAUAUAUGCUUUGAAGCGAUUCAAGGCGAAAGCGACUGGGUUUGAAUUUAGUAUAUUUUUACAUUUAUUUAUUCCUUCAUUAUUUACUUAUAUCAAGCAAACUUAUUGAAAAGGUCCUAUGUGCAAAUGAGAGCCUCUCUUUGUUUACUUUCUCUUCCGCUAAUAACUCGGUCGCAUUUGCGUUUGCUGCUUAACUCUUUGCAUAAUAUGCUAGUCAAAACCAUGCUCUUCCAAUAUGUAUUGGAUCAUUAUUGGAAAGAUUAAUGGUAAUGCCGUGAUAAUCGGAAGAGAAAGUAAACAAAGAGAGGCUCUCUUUUGCACAUAGGUCCAUUUCAAAAAGUACGCGAGAUAUGUUCAUUUAUUUCUGGGGAAAAUUUUCAUUAGGUCGUAUCGUAAGUAACAAUGUUAUUCUUUUUAUUUACUUUUUACUCUGUAAUAAACCAAGCCGCUUAAACAUU